CGUUUCACUGCUACGUGGAACGCAGAGCUGUUUUGUUCUUCUCCCAAAAAGAAAACAAACCCUUUACCCCCGUACGUUUUCCCAAACUCAAUUCUGUGCCAACGACAGUGGCCGAAUGUAUCGAACGGCGGCGAAGCAGUUGUUCUAUGGCGCAAGGCACUAUCACGGCAAUGUUGGAGUUCGAUUCCGGCCUCCUCAGACGUUGAUACUCUCUUCUCGCUUUUCCACAUCGGAGACUCAACCACUUUCUAAUCCACACUCUACCGAUCGUAGCAUUCCCGUCACAGCCACCGAAACCACUAACUUUUCGGAUUCGGCAUCUUCUUCAUCAUCUUCGUCGACGACUGAGGAUGCCUCGCGCUAUGAGACCCUAAGAACCGGAGCCAAGUACGAAAAUGAACAAGCACGCGUGCUUCAGGCCUCGCUCCGUUACGUUGUAAAGUUGGGAUGGACAGAAGCAGCGCUAAUUGCAGGAGCAAGGGAUGUUGGUCUUUCCCCUUCCAUUGUUGGAUCUUUGUCAAGGAAGGAAGCAACACUGGUUGAGUAUUUCAUGGAUGAUUGCUUACAAAGAUUAGUUGAUAAAAUUGACACAAACGAGAGCUUUAAGAAUCUGACACCAGGUGACUGCAUCUCUAAGCUUAUCAGGUUUCGAUUAGAAAUGCAAGCUCCAUAUAUAUCAACAUGGCCUCAAGCUCUUAGCAUCCAGGCACAACCAGUGAAUGUUCCAACAAGUUUUAAGCAAAGGGCGAUGCUCAUGGAUGAGAUAUGGCAUGCUGCUGGUGAUAAUGCCUCUGACAUUGAUUGGUAUGCCAAGCGCACUAUCCUUGGCGGAAUAUACUCAACGACUGAGAUUUAUAUGCUGACAGAUAACUCUCCUGAUUUCCGUGAUACAUGGGCUUUCUUGGAUGCUCGAGUGAAAGAUGCCUUUGAUUUAAAGAAAACCAUUCAAGAGGCACAGCAUUUGGCAGAAGCUGUCACUACUGGGCUGGGGAACUCCUUACAAGGGUUUGUGAGGAAAGUUUUCCGGGGAUGAAUCAUGGUGGUAAGAUGUGCUGGUGGCAGGCAUUUGCAUCCCUGUUUACAUGUUUCGAACAAUGUUUCUACUAGACAUUGAUUAUCUCUUGAUAUUACACGUAGUAAUUAGGUAUCUUUCAUUUACUUCUAAUUUAUUCUUGCUUGGGCACUUCACUCAAGGCUUGAGUUACAGGGUCACGAGUGCACAAUAAUUUUAAGCUUGUGAAUAAUUCCAUUUUCAUUCUAUGAUACGAAGAAAUUACUCUUUUUUCCCCCUUCCCCCAAGAACUUUGUUUAUU